GGGGCGGGGGCGAGGGGAGGGAUCGGAGAGCCGGCGAGGGAUGGUGUCGGGAGCGCGCCCCGUGCAGUGGUCUCGGCUGCCGCGGCUGCUGUGCUGGCUGGCGGGACGCGCGGACACACGGGCUGAGGGGCAGGAGCAAUGCCGGCCGCCCGGGUGGACUACAUCGCGCCCUGGUGGGCCGUCUGGCUGCACGGCUUCCCGCACCUGAGCCUGCGCUUGCAGCCGGUGGACAGCACCUUCAACCCCCAGGACCCCGGUUACCAGGAGUCCCUGCUGUUACUGGGGCUUGUGGCCGGCAUCUGCUUGGGCCUCAACUUGAUCUUCAUCACCGUCUACCUGAUUUGUUUAUGCUGCUGUAACCAAGAUGAGGAGGUACAGUCCAAGCAGCCCAGAUCCUCCUGCAUCACCUGGACCUCUGUGGUAGCUGGACUCAUCUGCUGCGCCGCAGUGGGAGUUGGUUUCUAUGGAAACAGCGAGACCAAUGAUGGGGUAUACCAAUUGAUCUAUUCCUUGGAUAAUGCCAACCACACCUUCUCAGGGAUUGAUGAACUGGUGUCAGGUACCACGAUGAAAAUGAAGGUGAACCUGGAGCAGCACUUGGCCCGGCUCAGUGAGAUCUUUGCUGCCAGGGGAGACUAUAUCCAGACGUUAAAGUUCGUGCAACAGAUGUCUGGCAACAUCAUCCUACAGCUCUCAGGCCUGCCUGUGUGGAGGGAUGUCAGCAUGGAGCUGAUGGAGGUGGCCAACAGGACCACCUAUGUGGAAUAUUACAGGUGGCUCUCUUACCUCUUACUUUUCAUCUUGGACCUGGUCAUCUGCCUCAUUGCCUGCUUGGGGCUGGCUAAGCACUCCAAAUGUCUCCUAGCUACGAUGCUUUGCUGCGGUGUGCUCACCCUCCUCCUCAGCUGGGCCUCCCUAGCUGCAGACACAGCAGCUGCCGUGGGUACCAGUGAUUUCUGUGUAGCUCCAGACAAGUUCAUCCUGAAUGUCACCCAGGGCCAGAUAAGUACAGAGAUAACCCGUUACUACCUGUAUUGCGGCCAGGGCCUGAGUAACCCAUUCCAACAGGCAUUGACCGUCUUCCAGCGAUCACUGACCACAAUGCAGAUCCAGGUCCUUGGCCUAUUACAGUUUGCAGUGCCCUUGUUCCCCACAGCAGAGAAAGACCUUCUUGGGAUACAGCUGCUGCUGAAUUCAUCUGAGUCCAGCCUCCACCAGCUGACUGCCAUGUUAGACUGCAGAGGCCUGCACAAGGAUUACCUUGAUGCCCUAAUUGGUAUCUGCUAUGAUGGCGUGGAAGGGCUGCUCUAUCUUGGCCUGUUCUCCUUCCUGGCUGCCAUGGCCUUCUCGACCAUGAUCUGUGCAGGGCCUCAGGCCUGGAAAUAUUUGGUUGUGAGGGACAGGAGCUACGAUGACAUUGACGAAGAUGACCCUUUCAACCCCCAGGCCCGGCGCAUCGCUGCCCACAACCCCACCCGGGGCCAACUCCGAAGUUUUUGUAGCUACAGCAGCAGCCUGGGCAGUCAGACCAGCCUGCAUCCCCCAGCCCAGACAGUCUCAAACGCCCCUGUCUCAGAAUACAUGAACCAAGCGAUGCUCUUUGGAGGGAAUCCUCGCUAUGAAAACGUCCCGCUGAUUGGAAGAGCCUCUCCUCCCCCCACGUACACUCCCAGCAUGAGGGCAACAUACCUUUCUGUCGCUGAUGAGCACAUGAGGCAUUACGGGAAUGAAUUUCCAGCCCAAUAGUCUUCCAGUGGUUUCUUUUCUUCUUUUUUUUUCCAAAAGAAAACACAACAUGAUUUCUUGGAAUAGAAAUUAAAGGAAACUAGAAAAAAUGCAUGAACUAAGGGAAUGAAACAAAUUCAACUGAAGGAGAGAAUGAGCUGGUGAAGCUGAUUCAAGUGAGGGCAAGCUCCUGAGCAAGGCUGAUGCACCAGAGUAUGGCAGACUGCCAGCCAGAGGCAGAGAAAAGAUGUCAGGACUCUCUAGGGUGUGCGUGCCUGACCCUCCCUAGUGUCUUCCUCUCCAUGUUGGAAGGGCCCUGUGAUGGGAGCCUUGAAGCUUCUGUUCCCCAUGUUGUACUUCAGCCAUUCUCUCCUUUCAAAGAAGAGGUGGGAGGCCUGGACAGGACCAGAAGCUGCCAUCCUGAGGACAGAGCUGUCUCUCCUUGGGCCUUCACUGAGGACUUUGUCUUCUGUUACAUUUUGAUAGGUAUUCCAAGGGAAAAGCACAGGUCAUCAGAUCUCUUAAGCUCCUCUUCCCUCUCCUUCCUAACUGCACUGAUUAUGAGAGAUUUUUUUUUUUACCUGCCUGAAAUAGAGGGAAGAGUUGGGUUGGUUUUUUUUUAACUUUUUUUUUUUUUUAAGAGAAGUUAAAUGUGAAAUAAGUAGUUUAAUACUGUCCAAAUAAAUAGGCCACAGGGCCACACUGACUCUUUGGUAUCAACAGUCUUACCAUGUAGAAGUAAGUUUGUUGAGUACGGAACAUGGGGAUGGGAAGGUGAUAGACACAGGAAAAAGGGACAGCAUUGGAUAGUGCAUACUGAUAGUCUUCCAGGGGACCUUGGAUUGGGAUUCGGGGCCAGUUUGGCCUCCAUUGUGGAUGUGCAUCAUGCGUGUUUGCCAUUUGACACCACCCUUCCUAUGCCUUUGACCAGCUUGUUUCCUCCACAGAUGGAAUUCUGCUCUGAGUUUAUCGGACGUGGUGGGGCUGGUCUCAGGUGUUCGCGGAAACAUUUGAAAAGGCAUAUAAUCCUCCUUAUUUUUUCCUCCAGUGGUUUUUUAAAAAUUGGUUAUCUAAAGGAAAGAAACCUUCAGCACAUUCUCCAUGUAAUAUGUGGGAUUUUGAGUUCAUUUCCUACAUUAAAAAAAGUAUUGGUAUUAUUCUUAGCGCCGAUCAGCUCCCCUAGGGUUAGCAGAAUUUGGUUUUUAAUAAAAUGCACCAGAAAACUAAGAGUGAGACGUCCACCAAUGCUUUUAGAGGAUCCUGGUUUCAUCCCACUCAGGGAAAAAGUCUCUUUAAUGAGAGAGGCAGCUAACCAGGAUAAUGAACUGAAUUUUCACACUGGGGAAGAGGUGAAAGAGGUUAUUUUAUCAUGUUUAUUUCCAUGCAAACUUUUCUCUCUUUUUCAAGAGGAAGAUGUGGGGUGUUGCCAACAAGCCAGAAAAUGUGUCUUCUACUGUGUCACACCUCUUCCCUACGUGGACAUUUUCAUUCAUUCUUUCAUAUACCUUGCUACCAGCCUUCACCUCCAUUGUGAAAAUAGGCUCUGAAGCCAAGAGAAAAUAGUGACCUACCAUCCUCCCAAUCCUGAGGAUUAAAGGUUAAGGUCUUUGGUGCUCCCAAUCUCCUGCCAGCCCAAAGUGCACACACUCAAGCCCCUCCUAGGGCAGAAAUAAAAUUCUGCUUCAGCUUGGGAUCGGGAGACUUUCUGGUGGUUUUGGAAGAACUCCCUUGUUGGAAUAACAGUGCUGACAGUGUGGAGUAUUGGCUAGCUUAUGGCAGGUUAAACCAGCACUGGCAAGCUAGGCCAUCCCAAUCCAGGGCUCUGCCAUUGGAGCUACUGGACUACCAGUGACUCACUGCGUCCCUCGCUAAUACUAACCUGUAUAUAUACUGUGUACCAUAAAAACAUCCUUUGUGUGUCCAUGACCAUGUGACUAAGAGCAACUAGUUACACAAGGUUUUGCUUCUUAACAUUUCAUUGUUGUGACUAGGAUGGCUAUUUUUAACGCGUGUAAAUGGAACAUUCUCUGGGGACUCCUGAAGGAGCAAAAUGGGGAAAACUCUGCCUGAAUGUGGAUGUACUUGCCCAGGAGAAAGAAAUAAACACUUGUACUAAA